AUGGGAGAUUCUGAACCAGCGUCAAAUAUGCCAGAGCCUACUCCCCAAUUCCCGACUUCACCAAAGUCUCGGAUCAGCAAACAUAUCAUCCUGACAACAUACCCCGGUCAAAGUGGAAUCGACCCUGUACCUUUGGAAUGGGGCGCCUCCAACGCCAAAUCCCGGGGUCCGAUCGUCGUCUCCAGAAGCGGAAAUCUAGUCAAACGUCGUAAUGCCAUCGGCGCCCAUGGAGGCAGUUACAGCAUUUAUAACGCACUUGCCGUUGCGGCCGGUGAUCUGGAUGCAGACUUCAAGCCUGACUUGCGGAACAGUCAGCCUGUUUUCAAUUUUCCAUGGCAGGCUGCUUGGGCGGAUAAGAGUAAGAUUGUGUCGAUGGAUCCUUAUGGUCAUGAUAUCGUGAACCAAUACAAGGAAGAGUUAAAGGCGGGAUGGGAUAUCCGACCCACGAUGGCUGUUACCAGAGCUAAUAUGAAGUUGGCGGAGAUUGCUGAUGCCGUGCGUGAUGGUCAGCUGGAGGUGGAUGGCAAUAUUGUUGUUGACUCUUCGGGCGAGGUGCGGGUUACGAAGGUGGCUGUUGAGCCGGUAUGGUAUUUGCCUGGCGUUGCUGAGAGAUUUGGCGUGGAUGAGGGUACGCUUCGGCGCAAUUUGUUUGAGCAUACGGGUGGCAGUUACCCCGAGCUUAUCACGAGACCCGACCUCAAGAUAUUCCUACCUCCCAUCGGAGGGCAGACAGUCUAUAUCUUCGGACCCCCGGAGCGGGUUUCCGAUGAGAAUGUCAGGCUUUCUCUGCGUGUUCACGAUGAGUGCAAUGGAAGCGAUGUUUUCCAGUCGGACAUAUGCACAUGUCGGCCCUACUUAGCCUUUGGUAUUCGUGAAGCGAUCCGCGAAGCACAGAAUGGAGGAAGUGGUGUGGUAAUCUACUUCCGUAAAGAAGGCCGAGCAUUGGGUGAAGUUAUCAAGUACCUGGUCUACAAUGCUCGUAAACGAGGUGGAGACACUGCCGACAAGUACUUCACUCGGACAGAAAACAUUGCCGGAGUGCGCGAUAUGCGAUUCCAAGCCCUCAUGCCAGACAUUCUUCAUUGGCUUGGAAUCAAGAAAAUCGACCGCAUGCUAUCCAUGUCCAAUAUGAAGCACGAUGCUAUCGUGGACACCGGCAUCAAGAUCCUGGAACGUGUUCCCAUUCCGGAGGAUAUGAUUCCUGAUGACUCUCGAGUGGAGAUUGACGCCAAGAUCAACGCGGGCUACUUCACCACCGGCAAGCAAUUCACAAUGGAUGAGCUGGCACAAGUUAAAGGGCGUGGCUGGGAGAAGUGGGAGGAUGUCACUGCGUGGCACUACUCGGAAGAAGAGAGGCACACGCGGUGCGAUGAGAAAACCCCGGUAUGCAACAAUUCCGAGCGUCUCGGUCUUCAAUGCUGCCCAUCCGAGCUCAUCACCCAGUCGACGUGGAGUAGCGUUCUUUCUACGGAUCCACCUCCCGAGGAGGAACGCGAAACUGACUCGACGUUUACCUUCUCCAAGUCCCUGCCGUCAUUCAGCCCCAAGGCCAAACGGGUGUCAUCUAAAGGGAGCGCCAGUGAGCUUUCCAGCUCCUUGACGCCUUCCAAUCAAGGAAAUGUGGCAUCUCAAUCAUCUUGCUCACUAUCACGCCCGCCUUCAUCCGGAAUAACGGUGGAAUUGAACGACGAAGUGGUCACCUUGCUCAACACCUUCCGUGCCGGCUUGGCGACAUGGAUGGACGUAUUCGACUUUGACAAAACAUACGAAAGAGAGGUUUCUAGACGUGCUUUGCACUCAGAUUUCCUGCUCCGCUGCAUCUGCGCCUUUACUGCGCGGAAUCUUUCCCUGCUAGUCUCGGGCGAGGUUUGGUCCCCGAUCGCCUCCCGGUAUUAUGGCGAAGUACACUACUGUCCCCACUUCUUGGUCCCUCCCUAG